GUGUAUUCGUCAAAGCUGUUAUGCGCAGGUAAAACUGGAGGGGAUUGUCUCAACCCGCACGCCGCGCGGAGGUAAACUCACAGGAUUUGCUAGUACGGCCGCCUGUUCGCUUCGUUAGGGACCCUUCAUAACGUUCAAGUACACCGUAGAGCGCAGUCGUGCGUCGUACCUUAUAAAUAUAACGCGUAUAUACAUACAAUCAUGUUUCGAGUGAUAACGUUGUGAUUUUGUUUAGUUAACGGUAUUUUAUGUGCAUCGAAAAACUAUGUUGUUUAUUGUGCUACAAACAUUGUACAACCGAUUGGUUUGAGUUUAGUGACAAGACAGUUAUUUGUGACAGUGAAUGGAAUUUAACGUUUCGUUUUGUGAUAAUAAUUUUAGAACACCUGUGAAAAUUUUAUUCCGUAGUUUCUUAGCGGUGCUUAUAAGUUUUCGGACAAGUUUAAAUUUGUAGUUCAAACUGUACUCGUUCAGAGAAGAAAUGUUGACGAUGGAGAGUGAUAUGAAGGGCAGCGGUUUGCAUGCCGCGAUGCCGCCGCAUCAUGCGGCUGCAGCUUUGCAUGGUCAUACGAGUUCACCGUAUGGAUCAUUAGGAUCUUUAGGCAUGAUGUCUUUAGGACAAUCUGGCGGACAUCAGCAACAAAUGUCUGCUCUUACGCAACAUAGUCUUGUGCAACAUGGCCUUAAUUUGCAUCAUAGUUCUGCGACCGCCGGGCAACAAAUGCUUAGCCCCGGUUCGCAACACCACACUUCGUUGACGAGCUCGCAUCAUCAACAAAGCAAUCAACAGCAACAGCAACAUCAUCAACAACAAAAUACGCAGCAGACUACCGCUACCAAUAAUAAUAACUCGAUUAAAAAUCAAAAUUUAGAUCGUGUUAAACGUCCGAUGAAUGCUUUCAUGGUGUGGUCUCGUGGUCAAAGGCGCAAGAUGGCAUCGGACAAUCCUAAGAUGCAUAACAGUGAAAUUUCUAAACGUUUGGGUGCGCAAUGGAAGGAUUUGAGCGAGGCCGAGAAACGUCCAUUUAUAGACGAAGCGAAACGCUUGCGCGCAGUUCACAUGAAAGAACAUCCCGAUUACAAGUAUAGACCGAGGCGCAAGACAAAGACGUUGGCCAAGAGCAAAGACAAAUACCCGCUGGGCGUCGCAUCGCUAUUACCCAGCGACCCGUCGCGGGUUUCCGCCGCAGGACAACAGGCCGCUCAGCAAGCAGCCGCGGCGGCUCAACGUGACAUGUAUCAAAUGCAAAACGGAGGAUACAUGCCGAACGGAUACAUGUCCGUUCACGAUGCCGUCGGUGGUUAUCAGCAGCAACAUGCUGCUAGCUAUUACCCGCGGUAUGAUAUGGCCCAAAUGCACAAUUAUAAUAUGAAUUAUGGGAUGUAUCAAGCUGCAGCGGGCGGUGUAGUGCCAGGCGGACAAGGGUCUCCUUACGGGUCUCUGCAACAACCAGGUUCACCGUACGGAUCUUUGCAACAGCCAGGAUCUCCAUACAGUAACAUGCAACAACAAAUGUCGUCUUGUCAAAGCAAUAGCCCCAGUGAAUCAAGCAUUAAAAGCGAACCUGUAUCACCGCCGACGCCGCCUAGCAUGAAGCUACCGCGCGGCGGCGGUGAUCCGUACUCUCAGCAGAGUCCGUCGGAUUUGAACCAGAUAAUAAACAUUUAUCACUUGCCGGAUCCUUCGCUUCACCACUCGUCGUCCGCCGCCGCAGCAGCCGCUUUGCACCACCACCAGCAGCAGCAGCAGCAUUACCAACACGGGACGACGCAGGGCGGCGACAGCGCGACGGCGCCUCUAGCCAGAAUGCCGCCGAUCGCGCACAUGUGAGACAUGCUCGAAUUUCGGCACGAUCCCAGUUGUACGGAUAUUGACAUUCCGCCUUUGUGAAUACCGCCAGGAAUCUGUGCGCGUGUUUGUGUGUGAUGUAUAUAGUAUAGUUAAGAAAUUAAAAACAUUUAAAGAUUUAUUUGACACGUAAAACAAAAACUAUGACAGAGUACUAUCUAUAUAAUAAGAGUAUAUGAAGUUAUUGG